UCCUCCAUGUUUGUUGUCGUCAGGGAUUGUGACGUCAUCAACACGCGUCAUGCGUUCGGCGAGCAGUGGGCAUUCUACUCGACUUGAUGUAAACUAAAGAUCUAUCUUACAGACAUAAGCCGAGUUUACCAUACACUAUUUGGUCUAAGGAUGCCUCUACCUCCAGCAUUGCUGGCUCGCUUGGCCAAGAGAGGGAUUGUCAAACCAUCAGAACAAGAUGUAGAUGAGGAGAUCAUUGCUGAGGACUAUGACGACAACAACGUAGACUAUGAGGCAACCAGACUAGAGAAUCUGCCCCCAAACUGGUACAAAGUGUUUGACCCUAUAUGUGGACUUCCUUAUUACUGGAAUGUAGAGACGGAUAUGGUUGCCUGGUUAUCCCCAAAUGACCCAACUACCCUCAUUACUAGAGCUGCCAAGAAACUAAGAGUAGAUGUAGGUGCGGAGGAAAGAGUGGAGAAGCCAUUUGAGAAGCCUGACAGAGAACCAGAGCGGGAGCGACCACCAGAGCGACAAUGGGAGAGGGAGCGGGAGAGGGAUGACGGCAGGGACCGAGAGAACAGAAGAAAGCCGAGGAGGGAUGACGUUGCACCCUACAACAAAGGCAAACGAGGGCGAAAGGACGACGAGCUGGACCCAAUGGAUCCAAGUGCUUACUCUGAUGCACCAAAGGGCAACUGGUCCACUGGCCUGCCAAAGCGGAAUGAGGCCAAGACGGGUGCAGACGUGACGGCAGCGGGGCCUCUGUUCCAGCAGCGGCCCUACCCCAGCCCCGGGGCGGUGCUGAGGGCCAACGCAGCCAACCAACAGCCCAAGGAUUCCCCAUAACCCUCCGAUGCAUAACGCAUACCUUCUUUUGGCUGUGGCCGCUGUACUCGUUUCUAUCGACGUGUGAAAUCCAUACUUCUAUUCUGAAAUAUGGGCACUAAUAGAAUACAGGGAUUUGGAUUGGGGACUGUAAAUAAGGAUUUAUGAGGUGUGCAUGUAGUCUAAUGUUUAUCAUCAGUAGUUUACCUUAUUUGUUAAUACAUUGAAAUGUCUGGGUACCAGCUCAUUUUUCUUUGUUUUUAAAUGCGUUUUCAUAUAAUAAAACAUCUCUCCAAAUGAAA